CAAACGGCAGAGAACGCUAUGGCAGGAUUGGCCGCUGCGGGAAAUGCAGGAUCAUUCCUUGUAGAUUCGUUCCCCGUCUUACAGUACCUUCCGUCCUGGUUCCCAGGAGCCGAUUUUAAGAGGAAAGCCGCGGAUUGGAACUUGUCGGUCAAGGCCAUGCCGCAUGUAACCAUGAAAUUCGUACAUGACUCAAUGGACUCUGAUACUCUGAGCCAUUCUAUUGCAUACAAAUAUAUGGAAGAAAAAUCAGUGCGUUCGCCAGAGAAGGAAGAGAUCUUGCGCAAUGUAUUGGCAACCUUGUAUGCUGCUGGAUCCGACACCACGGUUUCCGCUUUGAGCUCAUUUUUGCUGGCCAUGACACAGAAUCCUGACAUUCAAAGGAAAGCGCAAGAGGCGAUCGACGAUGUCAUUGAGUGUCAUAGACUCCCAGAAUUUUCCGAUUACAAGUCGAUACCCUAUAUCAACGCCAUCCUCAAAGAAGUCCUUCGGUGGAGAGCAGUUACGCCCCUUGCCGUUCCGCAUAGUGUUUCUCGAGACGAUGAACAUCGAGGAUACCAUAUCCCCAAGGGUUCUAUAGUCGUCGGUAACGCAUGGUGCGUAUCGGUUGUUCUGCUCCCGUCUCGCUUAGCGUUCAGUCUCCCUAUUAGGGCUAUGUUGAAUGACAUCUCAGUUUAUGGAGAAAACCCUGACGUUUUCAAUCCAGAUCGGUUCUUGAAGGACGGAAACAUAAAUCCAGACAUCCCCCACCCCCAGGAGGCUUUUGGUUUCGGGCGGCGGAUCUGUCCAGGGCAGGAGGUGGCUGAGGCAUCUAUCUGGAUGAAUAUCGCGUCGAUCCUAGCUGUGUUCGAUGUUACCAAGGCAGUCGAUGAUAAUGGCCACGUCGUCGAACCAUCGGGAGAGUUUACGUCGGGUAUGCUGUGUCAUCCUGUUCCAUUUGAGUGUGAUAUCAGGCCAAGGACAAUGCACGCUGUAUCUUUGAUUCAGUCAGGCAUCCAUGGUCUCUAAGCAUCGACUUCAAGUCGACCUGAGAAGUACGAAAUCUUUCAGUGCGCUGGUCUGAUUUGGAUAUUCCUUACUGGUCCCAUAUAUGGA